UCAGUAAUCCAGUCCAUGUUUUGGGAUUCUCUCAUGCUUGGUGUGUUUCUCUGUGAGAGAAGCCGAGUUUUGUUUACAGCGGUGAUUCUACUGAGCGGAGACCGUCAGAAGAGUCGCGGAGGAGUCCGAACGCCGCCGUGUAGACUUGAGAAUCAAACAUUAGCCUCACAAGCUAUUUAUAUCUAACAGUUCUUGAUUUUUUUUUUUACCGUGCGGAAAACCAAAACCUAUGCUCGGGAGCUGUUCACUCUUGCACCUCGACAGAAUGAUUUUUUUUUCCUACCGCAAAACAGACCGACCAUGAGAGCGCGUGAAGACGGUAGGGGAGGGUGAGCAGUUGGUGAAACCAUUUUUGUCCUGGCGGAUAUUUUGGAUCGAGCUCUGUCGGGAGGCUUUCAUUCAUACAUAAACACGCUAUCCGAGUUGUCAAGCUCUUUGAACGUGACCUCAAAAUUCCUCCGUACAUCAGUGUAGCGUAAUUCAUCACACUGCCAUAGGCACAUUCACAUAAGGUGUUUUUGUUGGAAGAGAAACCGCUCGUUUCGCUGCCUGUACUGCGCGUCCCUCUCGGGUUUUCAAGAAAUGGAGGCUGAAGAUGCAGAUUAUCGGUCGAGUGAAAUUCGUGGCUUCGACACGAUUGCAUCAUUUAAUUGCUGGCAAGAAUAACAGAAUGUUUUAAUUGAUCUUAAUGUUUCCAUUAAAGAGAAAUUAUAUAAUUAUCACCAGAUAUCUUUUAUCUACUCCCUCCUCGCCUCCCGUUAUCUUUACGGGUAAAGGAACUAUCUGCUCAUCCAAAGCGGAUUCUUCUGGACUUUUUGCUUGCUUACAAGAAGAAGCGUCGCAUUUUGCUGCGGUUUCGCCUUUUUAUUUUUUGGAAAACUGAUUAUUAGGAAUGAGAUCUGGAACAGCGAGGGAUGUUUGGACCUUAUUUUGGGGACCUGUGCUGUUUCUCUCCACCAUCUGUCUCUGGUCUGCACAUGGAGAAGUCUGUGGUCCUCACAUUGAUAUCCGCAAUGACAUCAGUGAGUUCAAGAAGCUGGAGAACUGCACGGUGGUGGAAGGCUACCUGCAGAUCCUUCUCAUUGGAGACAAGAAUAACAACCUCAACCAGGAACACUUUCGCACCCUGUCCUUCCCCAAGCUGACCAUGGUCACUGACUACCUUCUCCUGUUUCGUGUCUCCGGCCUGGACAGCCUGAGCAUUCUCUUCCCCAACCUCACCGUCAUUCGAGGACGCAACCUGUUCUACAACUACGCCCUGGUCAUCUUCGAAAUGACCAGCCUGAAAGAUAUUGGUCUCUACAACUUGAGGAACAUCACCAGAGGGGCCAUCAGAAUCGAAAAGAAUCCAGAGCUGUGUUACUUGGACUCAGUGGACUGGUCGCUCAUUAUGGAUGCAGAGUUUAACAACUACAUCAAUGGGAACAAGCAGUCCAAAGAAUGCGGUGAUGUUUGUCCAGGUAUCAUGGAGGAGAGUCCGAAGUGUAUUAGGACCAGCUUCAAUGACAACUACAGCUACCGCUGCUGGACCUCCAGCUACUGCCAGAAGGUGUGUCCAAAGAAGUGUGAGAAGAGGGCAUGCACGGAUGAGGGCGAGUGCUGUCACCCCCAGUGCCUGGGCAGCUGCACUGAACCAGACGAUGAUAAGGCAUGUGCCGCCUGCCAGCAUUACUUUCACGAGGACCGCUGCGUUGAGGCCUGCCCACCGGGCACCUACAAGUUUGAAGGCUGGCGCUGCAUCACCAUGGACAUGUGUGCCCGUGUUCACCUACCCAGUGAGGUCGACUUCGUCAUCCACAACGGAGAGUGUAUGCCAGAAUGCCCGCCCGGAUUCACCCGAAAUGAGACUCAGAGUAUGUUUUGUAGUGCGUGUGACGGACUGUGUGAUAAGGUCUGCGAAACUAAAACAAUCGACUCAGUGGAUGCUGCUCAGUCCCUGCAGGGCUGCACGGUCAUCAAAGGCAACCUGCACAUCAACAUCCGGCGGGGCAAUAACAUUGCAUCAGAGCUGGAGAGUUUCAUGGGCCUGAUCCAGACAGUCACUGGAUAUGUAAAGAUCAAACACUCUCAGACUCUGGGUUCUCUGUCCUUCCUCAAAAGUCUGCGAUACAUUAAUGGAGAAGAGCUCGCAGAUCAGAUGUACGCAUUCUAUGCAGUGGACAACCAGAACUUGCAGUACUUGUGGGACUGGAGUCAGCACAAUCUGACCAUUAGAACUGGAAAACUCUUCUUCCGCUUCAAUCCCAAGCUUUGCAUGUCUGAGAUCCAGAAAAUGUGGGAGAAGACCAGCGUAAAGGAAAAGAUGGAAGAGGACGACGUUCGAAGCAAUGGAGAGCGAGCAAGUUGUGAGAGUUAUAUUCUAAAGUUCAAAUCCAACCACACUCAGAGUACUCGGAUAAAGCUCACUUGGGAGCGAUAUCGACCGCCUGACUACAGAGACCUCAUCAGCUUCAUCGUGUAUUACAAGGAGGCACCAUUCCAGAACAUCACAGAAUUUGACGGACAAGACGGAUGUGGCUCUAAUAGCUGGAACAUGGUGGAUGUGGACCUUCCUCCGGAGAAAUCAACCGACCCUGGGGUAUUUCUGUCCCCUCUUAAACCUUGGACACAAUAUGCCAUCUUUGUGAAAGCUGUCACCCUGGUUGUGGAGGAUAAACAUAUUCCUGGAGCUAAGAGUGAGGUGGUUUACAUCCGCACCAAUGCAUCAGCGCCAUCAAUGCCCCUCGAUGCCCGCGCAUAUGCCAACUCCUCCUCAUCCCUGAUGGUGAAGUGGUCUCCUCCCAUCUCUCCCAACGGGAACAAAACAUUCUACCUACUCCGUUGGCAGCAGCAGGCAGAAGACCGUGAACUGUAUCAGCAUAACUACUGCUCUAAAGAGCUAAAGAUCCCCAUCCGCAUCUCAGCCACGGCUUUGACGGACACAGAGGGCGACACAAAGCCUACCAAAUCAGAUGUUGGCGGGGGUGAGAAGGGCUGCUGCCCCUGCCCAAAAACCAAUGAGGACCUAAAGGCGGAAGCUGAAGACCGAUCCUACCGCAAAGUCUUCGAGAACUUCCUGCACAACUCCAUCUUCACACCCAGACCUCCAGACAGGAAGCGUCGAGACCUGUUCGGAGUGGCCAAUGGCACACUCCUCCAAGGUGCAAGCAGGAACAUCACAGGACUGGAGAGCAACAUCACUGACCCAGAGCUGCUGGAGAAAGAGUAUCCUUUCUCCGAAGGCAAAGUCCAUACAGAGUUCAUGGAGAUUUCCAACCUGCAGCCCUUCACUGUGUACCGCAUCGACAUCCACGCUUGUAACUACAAAGUCCACCGUUGCAGUGCUGCAGCUUUUGUGUUCUCUAGAACCAAACCAGCAGACAAAGCGGAUGAUAUUCCCGGCACUGUAACUCAGGAGAGGGAUGAGAAAGCAGAAGGAACAGUGCUGCUGCGGUGGCCUGAACCUCAUCACCCUAAUGGACUGAUCCUCAUGUAUGAGAUCAAAUAUCGUCUGGGAACUGAGCAAGAGAAGCAUGAGUGUGUGUCACGGCAGCAGUACAGAGUGCUGCGCGGAGCUCAACUUAGCAAUUUGGCCCCAGGAAAUUAUUCCGCCCGGGUCAGAGCCACUUCUCUGGCUGGGAAUGGGUCUUGGACUGAACCGGUGUCCUUCUAUGUGCCACCCCUUAAAAGAAAUGAUGAUAAUGCCUUCUAUCUGGCCAUCAUAAUCCCUAUUAUAGUGCUAUUGUUGCUCACUGCAGUGAUCACCGUUGUCAUCUUUGUCACCAAAAAGAGGAAUAGUGACCGGUUAGGAAACGGUGUGCUCUAUGCUUCUGUAAACCCUGAAUAUUUCAGCCCUUUUGAAAUGUAUGUACCAGAUGAAUGGGAAGUGGCUCGGGAGAAAAUCACCAUGUGCCGUGAGCUGGGCCAAGGCUCCUUUGGUAUGGUGUACGAGGGCAUCGCAAAGGGCGUCGUCAAAGACGAACCUGAGACCAGAGUGGCCAUCAAGACUGUAAACGAAUCCGCCAGUAUGCGUGAACGCAUCGAGUUCUUGAACGAAGCUUCCGUUAUGAAGGAGUUCAACUGUCACCAUGUGGUGCGACUUCUGGGUGUGGUUUCACAAGGCCAGCCCACUCUAGUUAUAAUGGAGCUGAUGACACGGGGCGAUCUGAAGAGCUACUUGCGUUCUCUCCGUUCGAAAGAGCAGGGCUCUAGCAGCCAGUCUUUGCCUCCGCUGAAGAAGAUGAUUCAGAUGGCUGGAGAGAUAGCGGACGGGAUGGCAUACCUCAAUGCCAACAAGUUUGUCCAUCGAGACCUGGCUGCCAGGAACUGCAUGGUUGCUGAGGACUUCACAGUUAAAAUCGGAGACUUUGGCAUGACAAGGGAUAUCUACGAGACCGAUUACUAUCGCAAAGGAGGCAAAGGGCUGCUGCCGGUCCGCUGGAUGUCCCCAGAGUCUUUGAAAGAUGGAGUGUUCACAACAAAUUCUGAUGUCUGGUCAUUCGGAGUGGUUUUAUGGGAGAUUGCCACUUUAGCCGAGCAGCCCUACCAGGGCAUGUCCAACGAGCAGGUACUGCGCUUCGUCAUGGAGGGAGGACUGCUGGACAAACCGGACAACUGUCCCGACAUGCUGUUUGAACUGAUGCGGAUGUGCUGGCAGUACAACCCUAAAAUGCGACCUUCUUUUCUGGAGAUCAUCAACAGCAUAAAAGAGGAACUGGAGCCGCCCUUCCGGGAGGUUAGCUUUUUCUACAGUGAGGAGAACAAGCCCCCCGACACCGAGGAACUGGACAUGGAGGUGGAGAACAUGGAGAACGUUCCACUGGAUCCUGCUUCCACAUUGGCCCCCUCCUCUCAGGGGAGCACAGGAGCUCAGACCCAGAGUCCACAACCGCUCUCCCCAGCUCAGGGGCCUGGGACACCAAUGGGGUCCGCCCUAACCCCCUCCACCUCACCGCCUUCCUCCUCAGCCUCUCCAGGCCUGGCCUUAGACAUGCACUCAGGACAGGUAGCAGCAAACGGGCCAGUGGUGCUGCUGGGGCCGGCGUUCGAUGAGACGCAGCCCUACGCACACAUGAACGGGGGGAGGAAGAACGAGCGAGUGCUGCCACUGCCUCAAUCAUCGGCCUGCUGAUCAUGACUGCUCAGUUUCCCUCUACUCCUCACACAGGGUACCCACAUUUCCCUCGCCCCUUUGUCUACAUGGUCAUAUGUGUUUUUUCUUUAAUUCUCAAGAAGUCAAAACCCAGGGGUGACCGUGGAGUUGGCAACCAGAUGGACGGUGUCCUUCCUGAAAGUCAGUGGAUCAUUUUGUUCAAAUGAUUUCGAAUGAUUGAGGAUGUUUCGGGCGAUUGGUAACAGAAAAAGCCUACAAAAGCUCUUGCAAUAUUUAAGUUUUCAGCGCAAACCACCACACUAGAGAGCCCUAGCUUUCACUUGUGUGAAAAAAAAAACUGUUUUAAUGUUUUCUAAAGGAAGAAAACCUGCCAGUUCAUUGUGAAACAGGAGAGACAAGCAUAUUAGCCAGCAAGCCCAGCCUGUGAACGCUUUCAGGGUGCAUACCAAUGUGUUUCUAUACAAAAAUACACAUUUCCCUCUUCAGCGCAAGUACAUUUCUUCCUCUAAAACUGUCACACAUUUCUCUUUCACGAUGGCGCAAGACUUUCUCAGCUGCGAUCAAUUGUUCUCAAUCAGUGAUCGGUCAUCUUACUGGUUGAAUCCACCCUUCUACUUAAUCAAGGGUGUUUGUUAGAGAGUGAGGUGGGCUAUUUUGAAACUGCCAAAUUUUUGCCAAAUCAAAUUUCUUUUUUUCUUUAAAAAAAAAAAAAAAAAUGUUAUUUAUCAUUACAUCACCCCCCAUCCACAGCCGAUUUUUCAAGGUUGCACUUUGAAGUAGCGCAAUCGAGGGACUAAGCUCUCAUACUGUCUUUGAUGGGGGAUUUCUGGACCUCAUCUUUUACAAUCAGCUUGAGUUUGUAAAUCCUUCCCCUUUCCCCUUUUUAUAUGGAUCUGAUCUCUGACUAUUGCAUGGCAGUUCCUGCUGCACACUCCAUCUGUGAGCUGAGCCUCUGUGAAAGUGAUGUCUCAAGUCAAAAGGAAAGAGCACGGCACUAAUCGUGAAGGUGAAGAGAUGCGCCGCGGAGAGGCGUAUAUGAAUUAUAAGGGAUCAGCUCGGUUAUGAAGCAAACUGAAUACAGGGGCUUCAUCUGUUUCGACAUCUGUUUUGUGAGAUAAGUGAGGCAUUGUACACAGCAGGUAUUUUUUUAGACUAGUCAUUAGUCUCUCUGUACAAAUCAUAUGAUUCUGAGAAGGGUCUUACAGUUCUAUGUUAGACCACAAGAUCAUUUACACACAAAUCAUUGGUUUGAGUCACUUUUGAUAACUUUUUUACAGUUCUGAUGUUCACCUCUUUGUCUGUACAGAAAGAAGCUGCUAUUUUUUUUUUCUUUUGUGGGUGUUAUAUAUAUAUAUAUAUAUAUAUAUAUAUAUAUAUAUAUAUAUAUAUAAAUCCUUCAGGUUUAAUAUUUUAUGAUAUCUCCACUACAGUCCAUUUUCUUAUGCUUUAUACUCUUCUUGCAAAAAAAAGAGAAAAAAUACAAAAAAAGAGAAUAGCAAUUUAUUUUUAUUUUUUCUCCCUAAGAGGUUGUCUGCAUUGCCACAUGUCCAUUGCCUUGUGUUUAACAUUUCUCUAUAUUAUUAUUAUUAUUAUUAUUAUUAAUUACAACAAACUCUUUAGCUCUGCAUGUGAACUUUAGGCACCCUUGAUACAGUUGUCUACCACUGCACCUACUCAUGAGGUGCAGCUCAAUCUCAGGUUAAUGUUACAGUUUUGUUCUCCAGACAUCAUGUUCUCAUCAGAUGAUUCCUCAGCUUUUUUAGUUGCUGGCCUCUCCUUACAGUGUAGUAAACCGUACAGUAUGUCAGUGUCCGUGCUCAUGCCUCCUGCCAGGCAUUGUCAUGGAAUUUUUCAUUUACAUUUAUUUACCCUUAUAGACUGUUUUUGUAACCCAUUCAUGUAAUUGAAUAGCAACUAACAGGGCUAAUUGGGUUGUCUUAAUUUCUCUCCAUAUGCCAACCAGCCUGUAUCACCUCCAAACAAGAUGCAUUCAUAAUCUCUGUAAUCACCUCAAUUUUAUAAAUCCAAGCAAUGAGCACUAAACUUCCUGAUGAAAUAUGCCAUCUGUAACCAAAUAAGAAUCGGUUCAAGUUCAGAAAAGUGAUCGGUUUCUUCAAAGAUUGCUAAAUAAAACAUUAGGUUUCCAUGGCUAGUUGGCUUUAAAAAAAAAAAAAGUUUAGUUUUGAAGAAUUUCUCCAUGUGUAUUUGGGAACGUUACCCAGGACUUAUUUAUCCUGUCUUAGAAGGUUAUUUUCCCCCUUGGAAGGGGUAUUUAUUUAAUUUCCUUUUUUUUGUGUGUGUGAUACCAGUUGAAAUCACUGUACAAAUGCCCUUAUGAUUUAGUAUAAAGUCUGAUUCUAGAUGCAUUUUCCAUGAUGUCAUGACUGGGGGACUUUCUUUUUUCAUUUCCUUCAGCAUCUAUCUACCUCAUUCUCUUUUAUUUUUAAAUGUGUAAGUAUAUGAAAUGAUAAAAUACAUCUCGCUUUUUUCUGUAGAGGACACCUUAUCAUCCUCUGUCAUGUCUCUUGAUUUAAAAAAGAAAGAAAAAAAAAACUUUUUAAGCACCACAAAGUACAAGCUGCCAGGAAUGGAGAGAGAGGAAGUCAUGGUGUGAGCUAAAAUGCCUAUGGGAUUCCUAAUGGCGUGUCUGUUGCAUCCCUUAUCACAUGCCUGGCAAUGCAAAAAUCACACUGCUUUUGAUCACACUGCAAUACUGCAAUAAUCGUGUUAAAAUACCUAAUUCACCAGAUGGUUUCAUCAUGACGGACCUUAGAGAUAAAACUUAUAAAAGUUAUUUGCUCUCAGCUAUCAGUGUUUUUCUUUUGCAUUUAAUAUUCUUCAAUAAAAACUGCUGUUCAUAAAGGUUUAGGAGAGCAUAUCUUAAAGGGUUAGUUCACCCAAAAAUGAAAAUUCUCAUUUAUUACUCACCCUCAUGUUGUUCCACACCCGUAAGACCUUCAUUCAUCUUUGGAAUACAAAUUAAGAUAUUUUUGAUAAAAUCCGAUGGCUCAGUGAGGCCUCCAUUGACAGCAAGAUUUAACACUUUCCAAUGCCCAGAAAACUACUAAAGACGUAUUUAAAACAGUUCAUGUGACUACAGUGGUUCAACCUUAAUGUUAUGAAGCGACGAGAAUACAUUUUGUGCACCAAAAAAACAAAAUAAAGACUUUAUUCAACAAUAUCUAGUGAUGGACGAUUUCAAAACACUGCUUCAUGAAGCUUCGAAGCUUUAUGAAUCUUUUGUUUCGAAUCAGUGGUUCGGAGCGUGUAUCAAACUACCAAAGUCACAUGAACCACUGAAAUUUCGAAACGUUUCAAAACACUUAUGACGUAACGAAGCCUUGUUUACUGAAAUCACGUGACUUUGGCAGUUUGACAGACGCUCUGAACCACUGAUUUGAAACAAAAGAUUCGUAAAGCUUCGAAGCCUCAUGAAGCAGUGUUUUGAAAUCGCCCAUCACUAGAUAAUGUUGAAAAAAAGUAUUCUCGUCGCUUCAUAACAUUAAGGUUGAACCACUGUAGUCACAUGAACUGUUUUAAAUACAUCUUUACUAGCUUUCUGGGCAUUGAAAGUGUUAAUUAUCUUGCUGUCAAUGCAGGCCUCACUGAGCCAUCGGAUUUUAUCAAAAAUAUCUUAAUUUGUGUUCCGAAGAUGAACGAAGGUCUUAUGGGUGUGGAAUGACAUGAGGGUGAGUAAUAAAUGACAUUAUUUUCAUUUUUGGGUGAACUAACCCUUUAAGCAAUGAAUGUGUUUUAAAAAAAAAAAAAUCUCCCAUCUAGCCAUGUAUAUGCUAGCAAAAAAAAUAUCCUCAUAUUGAGCAAUGAGAGCAAGACUCCAUUUAUGGUUUUGGUUACAAAAAGGUUGCAGCAGGACAAAAAAAAAGUCACAUGAAGUAUUAUUCAUACUUUUUACAUUAGAAUAUUUCAAAAAGUGCAGCUGAGCUGUACAGGAUUGGAUGUAGAACAGAUAAGCCAACAAAAAACAUGAUUUGAAUACGAUGCUGUCAUUGAAAACUGUACACGAUGUUUAAGUUUCCAUUCGUUUAAAGGAUCUUAUUUUUAGUAAAAACUCAUUUGCAGCAUCAAUGGAGAUCAUGGCCCUGGACUUCCUGUUUCCCAGCAUGACCUUCUUAGACACACUGUGCUUUUGCACAACAAUGUCAGUCUCCUACAUCUGUCAAUAGCCUAUAACUGAGGAUGACUUUAAUACACACUGAUAACUAUACCUGGUUCAUUAAGUGAAUCUUCCUUCUCUUUUCCUGCAGUCUACUCUAAUACCUUUUGGCCAAAGCAUCUAAUGAUUGAAUGCAUACAACACUUUCUCACAACAAACCAGUGGAUUUUUUUCCCCUUCUCAUAAACCUACCUGGAAAAAACAUUCCAACUGAUUUGUUUGGUCAGAUGCACUCCACAUAGCGAGUACAAUAUAUAAAGGGCCAAUUGUCACCGUAUUCAUCGACAUUAUUCUCUAGUGGGAGAAAGGGCUGUAGUUUUGCCUCUCUUUUCUACUGCUGCUGACAACAUGCUGCUUUACAGAGACUACAAAUAGUCUUGCCAAUAGCAUUGGGUGGGUGGUGGAUCUAAGCAACAUGCUUUCUCUCUCCAAACAACCGUUAAAAACAGAUGGGUCAGACGAUUAAAUUGCAAAGAGGAUUCAGAGAAAGUCAUGGUCUUACAACCCCUGGCUGUUCUGUUUCAUGGCACUUAAAAUAUUCUUUGACUUUAGUAUUUUGGAUCUUUUGAACUCCAGGGGUUGGCUCUUGUAGGAAGAGACCUGAGGAAGAGGCACAUUGUUAGAAAAGAAUAUUCUGUGUGGUACAAGACGAUCGAAAUAACCAUUCUGUAAAAGCCCUUGUGCUUGUAUUGUUGCGUAUGUAUAUGGGUGGGAGUGUAUCACAUGUAGAUGUAGUGAUUAAGAUUUUGAUGUGUUUAUAAUGGGAAAAUAAUAGAUAUCACUAUUUAUUUCUGCUUCUUUUUUUUUCUUUCUGUAAUGAAUAUGGACAAAAGCAUUGGCCUGUUGCAAAGUGAAUGUCAGUUUUCAUUGAAUGCUGCCAAGGUUCCUUAGUUACCAGUAGGUUACAGUUCUACAGAAACACACAUACACAAAUAGGACAGCGAUGUCCAGUAGAUUACGGGUAGUCAUGACACAGAGAGAGAGAGAGAACAUGACUAGAAUUUAAAAUAAAAAGAGACAAGUUUACAGUAGUAAUAGCUUAUGUUGCAAUGAAAGUUUUCUGCAAACCUGAAGGUAGACUGACUGAUUUUUUUCCUCAACUAUCAUGAGAACUAUUAUUUUAUUAUAUUUCUUCAUAAUGCAAAACCUCAGGUUUAGAAAAGAUGCAUGUAUGCAUUUUAAUUGCAAUAAUGAGCUUGAGGUUUUACAGACAUCAUUUCCCAGGCACUGUUGUUUCUGCUUGGCAUUCCGACAAAUUUCAAAAGGGGCCUUGAACUACUGUACUGAAGAGUUUAAUAACACUUUAUUUUCCUUUCACACAAAAAAAAAGAAAAGAAAAAUGAAAAAAAAAAGGAGAAAAAUGAAAAAAAAAUCUCUGUGUCAUUGCAUUGAUUGGUAGAAACGGUGAAACGGCUUGGCUGGUACUCGUCUUCUUGUAAGUUAUGUAUCUAAGGCCUCCUGUUUUUCAGUUUUCUCCUCACCUCCAGUUGAGAUGGUAGACUUUUUACAUGCCAUUGGCUUAAUGUAUAUCUGAAGAAUUUUCAUGUAUUUUCUUUUUUUCUUAAAUUUUGAAUUAAAAAAUGAAUGAGUCUGAA